CGCCCUGUUGUUUGGGUGUAUAGGCUACACAGUGUGGAUACUGGGGGUCAGCGGUGGGCAAGACUAACAGCUCGGGCCCGCACGGCACCAUCCGCGCUCUGACCUGACCAUGCGCCUGACCCCCCCCUCACGGGAACACCUCAAUUUGGCGGGCGGUCUGGCACAGGUCUUUAAACACUGAGGUCAAAAUGAAGGGUGAGGAUACCCGACAGAGGCAAAAGGCACCUCGUGCCAAAAAUGGGGAACGCUCCAAGCAAAAAGCAAAGAACAGGAGCAAGCAGAAUGAGAAGAGAACUGGCAACCGGGAGAUAGUGGAGGAAGAACUUCCUCUCAUCCCAGAAAAGCGCCCAACAGAGAAAAAGCCCCACAUACCCAAGAUAACAGAGGAGUCAUCUAUUGCCAUCACCCUGCAGGUGCUGUUCCCUUACCUGUUGGCAGGAUUGGGCAUGGUGUUUGCUGGCAUGGUACUGGAUGUGGUACAGCACUGGGAUGUCUUCAGAACAAUCACAGAGGUCUUCAUUCUGGUCCCGGCUUUGGUGGGUCUUAAAGGCAACCUGGAAAUGACCCUGGCAUCCCGGCUUUCCACUGCGGCAAACACAGGACAAAUGGAUGACCCCAAAGAAAGGUGGACAAUGGCAGUCAGCAACCUGGCUUUAAUACAGGUUCAGGCCACAGUAGUUGGGCUCCUGGCAGCCAUCGCUGCAGUUAUCCUGGGUUCCUUGUCUAAAGGUUAUGUGGAACUGGACCAAGCCGCCGUCCUCUGCGCCAGCAGUGUUACCACCGCAUUCAUUGCCGCUCUGUCCUUGGGUCUGGUGAUGAUUGGAGUCAUUAUCGUUUCCAGAAAAGUUGGAAUCAAUCCUGACAACGUUGCGACCCCUAUCGCUGCCAGCCUCGGAGAUCUGAUCACAUUAUCAUUACUGGCGGGCAUUAGCAGUACACUGUUCCGAUAUAAAGAUAUUCAGUAUCUUUCCCCGCUUAUCUGUGCUGUCUUCCUCAUCCUCAUCCCUCUGUGGGUUGCUAUGGCUAAGCAGAGUCCGUCCAUUGCCGAGGUACUAAAAUCUGGCUGGCAGCCGGUAAUUGUGGCCAUGUCUAUCAGCAGCAUUGGUGGUCUCAUUUUGGACAAGACAGUCACGGACCCCAAAUUUGAAGGGAUGGCUGUAUUCACCCCUGUGAUUAAUGGUGUGGCUGGAAACCUGGUAGCUAUACAGGCAAGCCGGAUCUCCACCUUUCUGCACUUCUGGAGUAUGCCAGGUGUUCUGCCCUACAAAAUGAGGCAGCACUGGCCCAACCCAUGUACCACCUUCUUCUCUUCAGGUAUUAAUUCCAAGUCUGCCCGAGUUCUCUUCCUACUGGUAGUGCCCGGCCACCUGGUUUUCCUCUACGCAAUCCACCUCUUACAGGGAGGCCACGCUUCUCUCAACGUUUUCUUCAUCACCUUUUACUUGACUGCUGCUCUGCUACAGGUGUGUAUCCUGUUGUACAUUGCAGAUCUCAUUGUGCGCUUCAUGUGGAGAAGAGGACUGGACCCUGACAAUUUCUCCAUCCCCUACCUCACCGCUCUUGGGGACCUGCUGGGGACCGGCUUCCUGGCCGUGUGUUUCCGUAUGGUCUGGCUCCUGACCGGCACAGAGAGCGAGCUCGGAAACUAAGGGACAAUUGAAGGUUGGGCAGAACCGUACCAGCACUUUGAUCCAUGGGUUUUAACUGGAUAGACCCAGCUUGUUCUAUGAGCUGCACUCUAUCAGCCACGAUGAAUAACACAUCUGAUUUUUACUUAAGAAUAUUUAUCAGUAGAAUCAAGUCUCAGCAAACAGGGAAACUGCACUGGAUUUAUGAUGAAAAGAUUAUAUUUGUAUAUAAAUCUAAUGCCGUUUGUUUACAAUAAAAUACCAGGAAUUCUGAA